AUGUCAAGUGGGAAGACUGGGAAGAAGCUUGACCAUGCCGGAAAGAAUGCCAGGGAAGCUUUGGACAUUCUGAAGGAUUUGGGUCAUGUGGAUGUAGGCAACGCCUAUCGUGUUCUGGGCGUUCUUGAAUUGAGUCGAAACGAUUUGAAAAAGGCAAAGGACAACUUCAUCAAGGCACUGCGGGAGUUCUACAAGUCAACUCAUGGGCGGAGGACCGUCUGGUGCGCAGUGGCCUUUUGGAAUAUGCACAUCACCUUCAUAGAACAGGACGAGAAGAAGGACUCUUUGCCAUGGCUCAAAAAGGCGGCCAUACUACAUGCUGAGAUUGAGGGAGACAAGCAUCCUUACACCAGGCAAUAUCGAGACAGCCUCGAGAAACUGAUGAGGGAUGAGACUGACGCAGGCGGUACGGACAAAGAUUUCAAGCUUUCAGACGACGAAGCUAAGGCUAUCGCAGCAGUCCUCGAUCUCAGCUUGGCUUUGCUUUAA